AUGUCAGAUUUUGAUAAAUCCGUCUCGUAUGGGACGACAUCAUCUCCUCUUCCUCGAAAUGGCCUCGAAACUUCACAAAUCGACCCGUCAAGCGGUGUCAAACGUGCGCUUAAAACUCGACAUCUCUCCAUGAUGGCUCUGGCAGGAAUCAUCGGGCCAGGACUCCUCGUCGGCUCAGGAGGCGCUCUUUAG